GCCCUAGGAACCGGCUUAUAAAGGGGGACAACCCCUUCCUCUCGCUGACGUCCUUCGCUUAAAAAGAAGGGAGGGAAAGGGAAAAAAAAUAAAACCCCAUCCAAACCCUCUCCAAAUUUGAGAUACGGCGAAGGCGGGCGGCACCGGCUGGAAAAUGCAUCUCCCUCGGAGCUGCAUCGUCCUCCUCAUCCAGGGGAGCAUCUCUCUGCUGGUGAUCUGUGGCCAAGAAGAACCGGGGAAAGGUGCAGAGCCACGCGAACCCAAGAGCCAGGAGAGAGCUCAAGUGCAGAAGAUGAGAGGGCUGCUCUCUCCAAAGUCCCUGUUAACUCCAACCUUACUGCAGAACAUGACCCUCCUGGAGCUGGUGAGCAGCUCACGGGAGUUAUGGGAUAUCCUGGACAACCUGUCGGAGCGGGAUCACGCUCCGCAGCCCAGAGGACAAAGGGACUUGGGGCCAGCCUCAGGCAAGCUGAAAAAAAUUUUUGGCUGGGGAGAUUUCUAUUCCAAUAUCAAGACAGUGAAGUUGAACCUCUUGAUCACCGGAAAGGUGGUUGAUCACGGCAACGGCACAGUCAACGUCUUCUUCCGACACAACUCUACCGGGCAAGGGAACAUCUCUGUCAGCCUCGUUCCCCCCACCAAGGCAGUGGAGUUUGACCUGGAGCAACAGAUCUUCAUCGAGGCCAAAGAAUCUAAAAUCUUCAACUGCCGCGUGGAGUACGAGAAAGUGGAUCGUGCCAAGAAAACCACGCUCUGCACUUACGACCCAUCUAAGACCUGCUACCACGAGCACACCCAAAGUCACGUCUCCUGGGUCUGCUCGAAGCCCUUCAAAGUCAUCUGCAUCUACAUCACCUUCUACAGCAUAGACUACAGACUGGUGCAGAAGGUGUGUCCCGACUACAACUAUCACAGCGACGUACCCUACUACCCCUCGGGAUGACGCGCUCUGCCCAUCGCGGGAUGCCCCGGUGACGAGCGGGUGCUGGGGGGCGGGGGGAGGGACGGGGAUGGUU